AUGUCCCAAAGUGGCCAGGCCUCGGGACCGCCGUCUCGUGCCACCCCCAGAACUGCAUCGCGCUCAUCCAUCUACUCACCUCAGCUUCCAGCUCACCCUCAGAGGUCGAGACUAUCACUGCGACCAUCUUCAUUUCGAGGAUCGUCCGCGAACCCCAGUCAGCGUAAUGAUGACGGAGAUGAAGCAGACGAUCCCUUUCCAGAGGACGCCGACGCCUUGAGCGAGGUAAUUAUGGCUCUUGAUAUGAAGGCGAAUGGGAACCUAGGCUGUGCAUACUAUAUUGCCGCCGAUGAAAUCCUACUUCUCCUUGAAGAUGUCGCAAUGGCGAGAGCCGAAGUUAUCGAGACACUUCUGCUUCACGCCAGACCUACAACAGUCCUCACGCCUUCACGUACCUCAGAAACGUUGGCGGAUCUGCUGGCUAAAUGUGCCCACGAUGUCGAUAGAGAUGAUGAGAGCGACGAUCAGAGAAGUGGGGUGCCCGGACCGUAUGCCCUUCGAAUCCUCAAAUCGGCAGAUUUUCGCUACGAGUCUGCCAAAGAAAAGUUGCUAGGUCUCGAAAUACAGACACAAGGCGAGAGAUCUAUGUUGUACGCCUCCGUGACCGAUGAAGGUGUGGACGCUGGAGAUGAGUACGGGGAGCAACAGGGGUCGGCUCAGGGUUCUUUGAUGAGACUGGGAACCUCCGUAAACCUCGAUAGUCACGCCGCAAUUGGAUGCGCGGGUGCCAUUUUGGGGGAAUUACAACGUCGACGGACGGUCCAAUAUCUUCCAAACGACCCUGACGCCUUGGUUGCCUUCAGAAUCAGAUCAGUCGAGAUGUUCACCCUGUUUGAUUCAAUGUUUAUCAAUGCGGAUGCCUUGGUCUCGUUGCAAAUACUUCGUUCCGAGCUACACCCAAACAGCCAGAUGCGAGGGCCUGAUAAGUCCAGUUUGGGAGCCAAGGAGAGUCUAUCAGUAUAUGGGCUUUUCCACCAUUUAGCAUGCACCCCGCAAGGAAAGUCUAAGCUUCGACAGAUCUUCCUUCGACCCAGCAUCGACAUGGACGUGAUCAACAGUCGACAGAGAACAAUAUCUUUCCUUCUGCGUCCCGAUCAUGCUGAGGCCGUCACUGAGCUGACUAAGGAUUUGCGAAAGAUUAAGAACAUGCGAAAGUCCAUAUCUGACCUUCGGAAAGGUGUGGACAAUCCAGGCCGCAAGGUCUCCAUGACCAACAACGUCUGGUCAAUACUUCAGCGCUUUGCUCUUCAUGCAUUGAAUAUCAGAAGCAUCUUGGGGCAAAUGCAUGGGGCUGAAAGGAUAAAUGCCAUCGGGAAAGUCGUUGAGGUUCUUCAGCCGUACGCCAUUCAUAAAAUCGGUGAGAUGAUCAGCCAGACCAUCGACUUCGAGCAGUCCGCAGAACGAGGCCGGACUGCGGUGAAGCAAGGAGUCGAUGCAAAUCUUGAUGAAAUGAAGCAAAAUUAUGAUGGCAUGGAACAACUCCUCACUGAAGUCAAUGAGAAACUGCAGAGAGACUUGCCGGAGUGGGCUCAACGCUACGUGCAGAACUGCGUUUUCCUACCUCAACUCGGAUUCCUCACGGUGGUUUCACUCAACCCAGAAACGGGCAAGGGCAACUACGAAGGAGAAGGACUGAAUGAUAUUUGGGAAAGAAUGUUUGCCGCUGAAGGCAGUGUUUACUGCAAGAACAGUCAAAUGAAGGAGAUGGACGAACAAUUUGGAGACGCAUAUUGUAUGAUUAUAGAUCGAGAAAUCGAAAUCAUUCAUGAGCUUUCAGUUCGUGUUCUGGAACAUGAAGACGUCAUCCUGGCGACAUCUGAUGUCCUAGGCGAAUUCGACAGUGUUCUAGCACUUGCGGUCGGUUCAGGGAAGUACAACUGGGUUGCUCCCCAAAUGACGACCGAAAACGUUCUUCAAAUCGAGGGUGGCCGUCAUCCCCUGCAAGAGCUAAUGGUCUCAUCGUUCAUAUCCAAUGACUGUUACAUGUGUGGCGGUCACGGUGACCAAGACCAGCUAGGGGACGCUUCCUCCGUGAACAUGCCAGAUCACGAAGAGCACCCCAGCACUCUCAUAUUGACGGGGCCAAACCACUCGGGGAAGAGCGUCUACCUCAAGCAAGUUGCAUUGAUAGUUUAUCUGGCCCACAUUGGCUGCUUCGUGCCCGCUGAAAGUGCCAGGAUUGGUAUUACGGACCAGAUACUCACGCGUAUUGCCACACGUGAAAGUGUGACAAGGCAGGAAAGUGCGUUCGCCAUCGAUCUACGACAAGCAGCAUUCGCAAUGAAUUUCGCAACACAUCGCAGUCUAGUUCUCGUGGACGAAUUCGGCAAGGGAACCAACAGCGUCGACGGCGCAGGCCUGGUCACGGCGCUGCUAGAACAUUUCACGUCCCAGGGCCCAAACAGGCCGAAGCUUCUGGCUGCUACCCAUUUCCACGAGAUAUUCGAGUCCGACCUCCUCCCACCGAGCGCUGAGUUAGCAUUUGCACAUAUGGAGGUCCGCAUAGAUGCUGAAGCAGCAGAAACGGAAGACCAGGUGACCUAUCUCUAUAAUCUGACACCUGGUCGGAGUGUGUCGAGCUUUGGCAGUAGAUGUGCAGCGAUGAACGGCAUCGAUGCGGCUAUUGUGGAACGGGCAGAGGAAAUCACGUUGAUGCUUGUUCGCAACGAAGAUCUAGAGGCAGCUUGCACGGCGCUAUCUGAUGCGGAGACCGUGAAGCUCGAGCAAGCAGAACAGGUGGCUCGUGCGUUUUUGGAGCAAGAUGUAGGUCCUCGGCAGAUGAGCGGCAGAGGCAGAGGGUCAAAAUCUGGGCAUUGGUAUCGAAACACGCUCGAGAAGAUCCUGUCUGUUGACUCGUCCAUCUCAGACGACACAUAA